AUGGGUCCCUGUACCCCCUCCCAUUGCUGCUGUCUCCAUCGCCCACUCUCCCAUGUGCCACUUUCGGGUCUCCUCACACUGCUGCUGGGUUCCAUUUUGUCAUAGGGUGCUGUAUGGCAUCCCAUGGCUAGCUGCCUCCACCGCCACAUCUGUGGCUCCCAACUCUGGUUUUGGCCCCGUGACUGCCCAAAUGAGUGAAGUGUGCGGUGAUUCUAAGAUCGACGGCACACAUCUGCUUGUCAUACUGAGAUGACAGUAUUUAUUUCUCUUCCCCAGCAGACUCCAGGCAAGGGCAUUAAAUUAAAGGUACAGUGUUCUGCAUAAUAUAA